CUACAGACCCUUCUCUUCAUGGCUUUCCUUCUGCGGCGAGGCGCCGCAGUUGCCGCCCGCUCCCUGCGUGCCGCCGCCGCCUCCUCCGCUUCCACCCCCAUCCACCUCCUACGGACCGCCGGAUCCCUUGGCGCCGCAAGAGAGCUGCCCACCACGCAGCUUUUCCUUCUCGAGACCCGCAGAGGCUUCGCGAAGGGGAAGAAAUCGAAGAAUGAUAGUCGAGGUGAUACGGUUGAAUCCGCCGCUCCUGAUAUUGGACCGACUGUCAAAUCGGCCGCGACCGCACAAAUGGAGACUGCGGUCGUCGCGUUGUCGCGAGAGCUGAGUAAACUGCGGACAGGGAGAGCUUCUCCUGGUAUGCUUGACCACAUCAUGGUGGAAACUGCGGAUGUUAAAGUUGGAUUGAAUCGUAUCUCUGUUGUUUCUGUCCUAGAUUCGCAUACACUUUCAGUGAUGCCCUAUGAUCCUAGUACAAUGAAGUCAAUUGAGAAUGCAAUUGUAUCAUCUCCAUUGGGCAUCAAUCCAACACCUGACGGCAAUAGGAUUAUUGCACCUGUCCCUCCAUUGACAAAAGAAACUAUGCAGGCACUGUGUAAGGUUGUUACUAAAUCUGCUGAGGAUUUCAAGCAAAGUAUUAGAAGAGCACGCCAAAAGGCACUUGAUACGAUAAAGAAAUCUUCGUCUAGCAUGCCAAAGGAUGAUAUAAAGCGACUAGAGAAGGAAGUGGAAGAAAUGACUAAGAAGUUCAUCAAGUCGGCAGAGGAUAUGUGCAAGGCUAAGGAGAAGGAAAUCUCUGGAAGCUGAACCUGUCCUUCUAGCUGAUGUUAAUUUUUUUUUUACCUUCCACAACUUCGAUGCAAGUGAUGUUGAGCCAUUGCAGUUCUGCAGUCAUAUCCCAGAUAAAAGUUUUUUUCUCACGCCAUUGUAGCUAUAGUAUGAGCAAUUCGAAACAAUGUGUUAGCCGACAAGUGUUGGUGAUGGAACUU